AGUACAUAUGUACAUAGAAAAUAAAUUUCUAUAGCAACCCUUUCUUUAUUUUGCAUUCAGUUUUCUCGUUAACUGCUUUCAAUUUACAAUUUUAAUAUAUUUUUUAAAUACAUAAUUUUAAAUCUAUGAAGAUAAAAUAAUUGCCAUGAGUAACAAAAACGAAUAUGAAAAUGCUGAGAUGUCUGCCGAGCGAGCUGCUCAGGUUGCCAGUGUCAUGCGUAUUGUAAAUGAGUCCAUUGAGAAAUUAAAGAUAUCGUUGCUGAUUCCUCGUGUGUUAGAGAACCCAUUGACGGUGAGAAGACAUUUGAAAGGAACAAAAUAUGAAAAGUGCUGGCAUACCAUACAAUCGUUCUUAAUUAUAAAGAAAACGAAUGAAAAAAAAUUUAAUCCUGAGGAAAAUCUACAACUGUUACAAUUAAUUGACAUGUUCCAUGAAAACUAUGAAAUGUUGCAUUCUUUGCCCGAUUGGCUCGAUGAAUUAAGCGAUGAGGAUAAGUCUCUAUUGAAUGCUUUUACACUUUUGCAAAAUAUAGCUCAAGAGCGAUUGAGUAAAUCGGCGAUGGCCGAGUUGGUAAAGGAAAAGAAAAUUCAUCAAGUUUAUCAUGAUAACGAGCAGAUGAAGAAAAAUAUAGCAGAAUUCCAGGGAAAAUUACACAAUCAAAAAAUUAACUUACGUUGGAAACUAGCUGCAAAGGAUGGUGUUAUUAAAAAAUAUGAGGCUGAUCUAGCAUUUAAAAAAUGGGACAAUAAUGUGCGCAUUAGAGAAGAACUGGUGAAGUCCAGUAGACGAAUUCACAAUAUACAUAUGGCCAGUGUUAUAAAGCAAAAGGAACUGGAAGAAGAACUCGAGAGAACAAAGGCAGCUUAUGAAAAAAUGUUAAAACAAAACCUCUUACAUGAAAAGGAGGUGCGUGAUGAAAAAAAUAAACUACUCUUACAAUUGCAAGCUUUGUUGAAAAAAUUUGAUCAAAACAUUGGUGAAAAAAUUAAAGAGAACGUUUACCUACAAGAAGAAUACGACGAGCAGAAAAAACAGUUUGAUGAAUUUCUUGUCGAAUACCAACGAGAAGAGGCUGAAUAUGAAGCCAUUGUUAAAACAAAAGAGGAGGAAGAUCGUCGGAAGCACGAGGAACGAGUAAUGCUAUUCAUGAUGACCCGUGCAGCAAAAAUUAUCCAACGGGCUUUUCGGAGAUAUCGUCGUAGCAAGAAGAAAGUUGAAAAAAAGAAGGGCAAAAAGAAGCGCAAUUAAAUGUUUUAUAUGUUUAUGUGCACAUACACUCCUCAUGGAUACACUUUAAAUCUACGGUAGAUGAUUGAAUCUAGGCACUCAAUGAAUUUUUAAUACAUCGAGAAACAUUUGAGGAAAAAUUAUUUUGGAAAAAUUGUAGUUUUCGUUCUGCAUGUUUGUAAAAAACAAAUAAAAUAAUUCUCGCAAUCAACCAAAAAAAAGAAAAUAUUUUGUUUGAUUCUAAUCUCAAAAAUGUCUCGUUUUUCCUUUCGCAUUUUGAUUGUGCAAAAAAAAGAUUAAAUGUCCGAUAGUUAGCCAAAUAUUUUUUUAAUUCCGAAAUCCGAU